AUGAACAGGCAACAAAAAUGGUGUUAUGAAAACAAAGAUUUAUUUGAUUUGAAAGAUUUUAAUUUAACUGAAAAUGUUGAUUUUACUUUGCACAUUGAAUAUGAUGAUGUUAAAGGUAAUAUUUUAUGUCAAUGUGGCAAAUCGAUUUCAUUAGCAAGAAAUGACGCGAAAAUUCAGGUUUCAAAUUUCUAUAAACAUUUAGUAUCAUCAAAUUGUAUUCAUAUGAAACAAUUACAGAAACGUAAUGAUUUGAAACCCGUGCAACAACAUCUAGGGCAGUCAUCAGCAUCUGCGUUAAACACAUUGGUUAAUGAACCGCACCCUUCACCAACACAAAUCCUCACUGCAUCAUCAAGUUCAACAGAAUCAGCAUCUCAAAAGAAAUUAAUAACGUCAUCAAAAUCAAACGUAUCUAAUGCUAAACGUCGAUUAACAUCGCAAUCGCAGCAACAUUCUUCCUCAAGACGAAGUCGAAUAUAA